ACUAAAAGUAUUUAGCUACCUCCUAAAUGACCAUGUUGUUAUGGAUCAAUUUGAGCUAAUCCGACAAACUUGCAAUCCAAACUAGAAACCUCGUUUAGAAGUAUCCAGUUACCUCUAGCAACAAGUUUCAAAUAUUCUUCCAGCGACAAGUUUUAAAUAUUCUUCUUCUUCUCUAUUUAUUUGUGCUUUGCCCCUUCUUACUAAAAGUAUCUAGUUGCCUCCUAAAUAGCUAAGCGUGUUUACCAAGUUUGGAAGGGACGCAAUAUGUUCUUCAUCAAAGGGAGGCUAAUGUUUGGUCUAGAUGCCAGGUUCCUGGUUAUUACCUUACUGCUCAUCGUGGUUCCCAUUGUUAUUUUCUGUACAAAUGUUGCAAGGAACGUCCUCCAUGAAUUUCUAACAUACAAUGUUGUUUAUGUCAUUCUAGCCGUAACAAUUCUAUUUACCAUCUAUGUAUUGGUGCUCCUGUUUCUCACUUCAACCCGUGACCCAGGCAUUGUUCCUCGCAAUUCACAUCCACUAGAGGAAGAGAUUUGUUAUAACUCUUCAGUCCCAGUUGAUGCUAGUGGGAGACACACACCAAUUCCACCGUUACCUCGCACAAAAGAAGUGUUUGUUAAUGGUUUUUCUGUAACAGUGAAGUAUUGCGAUACAUGCCAGAUAUAUCGUCCACCACGUUGCUUACAUUGCUCUGUAUGUGAUAAUUGCGUGGAGCGAUUCGAUCACCAUUGUCAUUGGCUGGGCCAAUGCAUUGGACUGCGCAACUAUCGCUACUUCUUUCUGCUUGUUUCUUCAUCAGCUCUUCUCUGCAUCUUUAUAUUUGCAAUGUCAGCUUUGAACAUAAAAUUUGUUAUGGAUGAUUAUGGAACUCUCUGGAAAACGAUGAAGGAAUCACUUGCCUCUGUGAUAUUAAUGGUUUAUUCCUUCAUUUUCUUCUGGUUUGCUGGAGGUCUCACCUGCUUCCAUCUGUAUCUUAUUGGCAGAAACCAGACUACAUAUGAAAAAUGUCGUCGUAGAGCAGACAAUAUGCAAAAUGUCUAUGACCGAGGGUGCUUCGGGAAUUUUCUUGAAGUAUUCUGCACCAAGACAAAAUCUUCAAGAUAUAAUUUCCAGGCUUAUGUACAGGAAGAGACGCCCAUGCGUAUAUAGCUCAGGAAGAAAAAAUAGAUGAUUCAGAGGGAUAGAGUCGAACAAAAGUACAAGACAAUCUAGAGAAUGAUAAUGACCUCUUAAAGAUAUCCCAGUGUCGUGAUGUUGUUGAGGCUGAUAGCUAUUGAAACUAACAGUAGUGUUUAAAAUAAUUAAGAUCAAACAUAAAAAAGACUUGAAUUCACAAUAA